CGUCCUCCGCGACACCAACACAAGCCGCGGCUGCAGACGGGACAGCUAAGGGACAGGGAUCAGGCAGCAGGAUGGUUCCCAUAUUCACCCUGAAGCUGAACCACAAGAUCAACCCCCGCAUGGUGACGGUGGGCCGGUUCGACGGGGAGCACCCCUGCCUCACCGCAGCCACCCAGGCGGGGAAGGUUUUUAUCCACAACCCUCACACUCGCGGCCAGAGAGCGGCGGCUCACCGGCUGAGCCAGAGCAGCCAGGACUCGGACAUCUCCCUGCUGAACAUCAACCAGGCGGUGACGUGUCUGACGGCAGGAACUCUGGGGCCGAACACGGCCGGGGACACGCUGUUGGUGGGCUCUCAGACCAACCUGCUGGCCUACGACGUCCACGACAACGCUGACAUCUUCUACAGAGAGGUGACGGACGGAGCCAACCGCCAUCGUGUUGGGGAAACUGGGGACAUCUCGUCUCCUCUGGCCAUCAUCGGGGGGAACUGUGCCCUGCAGGGCUUUGACUACGAGGGCAACGACCACUUCUGGACAGUGACUGGAGAUAAUGUGAGGUCUCUGGUGCUCUGUGACUUCACUGGGGAUGGAAAGAAUGAGCUCCUGGUGGGAUCUGAGGACUUUGACAUCAGGGUUUUCAGAGAAGACGAGCUCGUGUCAGAGAUGACUGAAAAUGAGACAGUGACAUCACUGUGUCACAUGCACGGCAGCAGGUUUGGCUACGCGCUGGCUAACGGCACUGUUGGCGUGUACGACCGCACGGCCCGGUACUGGAGGAUCAAGUCUAAGAACCAUGCGAUGAGCAUUCAUGCCUUUGAUUUAAAUGCUGACGGGGUUGUGGAGCUCAUCACCGGCUGGUCCAAUGGAAAGAUCGAUGCACGAAGUGACCGUACAGGUGAGGUAAUCUUCAAAGACAACUUCUCCUCUUCUGUGGCCGGAGUGGUGGAGGGCGACUACCGGCUGGACGGGCAGAAGCAGCUCAUCUGCGCUUCCAUAGAUGGAGAAGUGCGUGGUUACCUUCCCGCCAGUAAGGACCACAAAGGGAAUCUCAUGGACUCCAGUGCCGAGCAAGACCUCAUCCGCGAGCUCAGCCAACGCAAACAGAAUCUGCUGCUUGAGUUGCGCAACUACGAAGAGAAUGCAAAGGGCGUGUCCCAGAGCAACAGCGGGGUGGGAGUGAUCCCGGCCAACACUCAGCUGCAGACGGCGCUGUCGGUGAGACCGGCCACGGACACGCAGAAGGCUCACAUCGAGCUCAGCAUCUCCACUCCCAACGAAACAAUCAUCCGGGCAGUGCUGAUCUUUGCAGAGGGAAUAUUUGAAGGUGAGAGUCACGUGGUCCACCCCGGUUCCCAGAACCUCUCCGGCUGCGUGAAGGUCCCCGUCAUCCCCCCCAAAGACAUACCUGUGGAUCUGCACAUCAAAGCCUUCGUCGGGGGGAAAACCAGCUCCCAGUUCCACGUGUUUGAAAUCACCCGUCAGCUUCCUCGUUUCUCCAUGUACGAGAUCACCGGAGACUCCUCGGAUCCGGCCACCGGCCGGGUUUCCUUCAGCAUCAACGACCGAUCGCAGAGGGUGGUGAUGUGGCUGAAUCAGAACUUCCUGCUUCCAGACGGCGUCCAGACUCCCAACAUCACCUUUAACUCCCUGAGGGGACGAGGACUGCUGUCCUUUAACAUGGCCAGCAACGGACAGAUCACCCUCAGGACUGAUGACAUUGACCUGGCGGGGGACGUGGUACAAUCCCUGGCCUCCUUCCUGGCCAUAGAGGACCUUUCAGCAGACGCAGACUUCCCCCAGUACUUUGAAGAGCUACGCUCUACACUCACCGAGGUGGACGAGUUCCACGCCGUGCACCAGAAGUUAACGGCCGACAUGGCCGACCACUCCAACUACAUCAGGAACAUGCUGGUGCAGGCGGAGGACGCCCGCCUCAUGGGCGACAUGACGACCAUGAAGAAACGUUACCGGGAGCUUUACGACCUGAACAGGGAUCUGGUGAACGAAUACAAGAUCCGCUCCAACAACCACAACGCUCUGCUGGCCCGUCUCAAGUCCGUCAACCAGGCCAUCCAGCGGGCCGGCAGACUCCGAGUGGGAAAGCCCAAGAACCAGGUGAUCUCUGCGUGUCGAGACGCCAUCAAGAGCAACAACGUAAACGCUCUCUUCAAGAUCAUGAGGGCCGGCACCGCGGCCUCCUGAGGGGGAGGAGAGGACGAGGAAAGGAGACGGCAACACUGAGUACUGUAAAGGAGGUUUCACCGGGGACCAUCAGUUCCACACGUAAAACAGAAGAGUGCAGAAGACUUUAGCACUCUGGAACGGGGACACUGUUGCAGCCUUAAUCCCACUCUUUCCAUGACUAAGCAUUCAGCAACAACCUGCAGCCGCGUCUGCACCACCUCUUCCAAACAUGAACCUUUAAUAGUUCUGAGAAGAAGUAACAAAGACUUACUAGUUUUGUGAAAUCAUCCUCCGCCUCCGUUUAGCUGUGGCCGUUUGGAAGGGCUGGAGUUAAAACACCUGAACACAGACUGUCUGCUUUCAUCUUUAGUUACAAGUUGAGAUUGAAAGAAAGUCUUCUAGAAGUGAUAUGUGAUAUUGUGAUAUAAAAAUAACAACCAACUAUGACUGUGUUUCCAUGCAUCAAUAACCCUUUUAAAACCCGAAUAUUAGCAAUAACCCCAAUUUGCACGACCAUGUAAACACCAAUAACCCCUUUGAAUAACCUGAAUUUUGACUGCAUGUAAACGUAGUCUACGACUACGUUUACAUGCAGUCAAAAUCCACGUUAUUGCUAAUAUUCCGGUUACUGAAACAUUGGGAAUAUUCCGUUUACAUGGUAAUUAAUCAUUUGGGAUAUCUGGAUCAAACCAGCGACGCACGGAGAACAUCAUGACACAAUUCCCGUCAUUUCUGCUUCUUCUUCCUGUAUCCAAAUUCAAAACAAAUGCUGCUUCACGCAACUUUUCUCUCACCUUCUUGU